UCAGUCUGGUGGUCGGGAACCCACCCAUGCACAACUUUCCCGGCUGUUUUUGUAAAGUUGAUUUCGCAGUGAUAAUACACCGCAGAGCGAGAAUAUUUUGGCUCCUGAUGCACAACUUGUCGAGAAAGACGAAUAGUGGCCGCCGCAUUCCUUCUGACGUGCGCGCUUCCAUCGACGGAUUCCAGGGCGUUGAGGCUCCAGAGGGCUGCCUUCUACAUUGCCAACGACACAGUGUGCAAUGUGGACGGCGUGCUCUACCGUAACGGAGAUUUCAUCCCAACUGAAGACCCCUGUGAGACGUGCAAAUGCCGGCCACCUGGAUUCGCGUGCGUGCUAAAGGAAUGCCCCAAGAAGCCUCACUGUAGAUCUGUUCGCAAGAGGGGCAACUGCUGCCCCGACUACGAGUGCGGCUGCGAGCAAGAUGGUGUGGAAUACGACGACGGAGUCGAAGUUCCCAGCCCUCAUAGCCCCUGCUACCAUUGCUUCUGCCAAGGAAACGCCAUAUCGUGCGCUCUUCGUGCCUGCCAUUUCCGCACUGACUGCGAGCCCCGUUACGCUCCCGGACAGUGCUGCCCUCGCUACGACCACUGCCCACCUGAAGAGCCGCCGUCUACCACUGAAAGACAGACCUCUGAGCAUCUUACAACCACAGAGGCAACCCUCAUGGAUCACACCGUAGCAGAAGAUGUGAACACUGCACCCACCGAAGUGGCCGUCGAUGAUGCCAGUGUAGGAGACGUUGCGGAGGUGAGCGUUGCAAACGACGCAGCUGUGCAACACGAACCGUCGGAAACAUCGAACAAAGGAGAAACGCAUAAUCAGGAGUCCGAAUAUAACGAACAAUCGAGUGGGUCAACUGAGCAUGUACCGAACACCACCCAGGGUAUACCAUCUACGCCGAGUGACCAGGAGGUUGCAGUGUCCACGAUCACACCAUUGUUAACGGGCACCCCACUGGUGCUGCCAAAGAGCACUUCCUAUCCAGCGUCUGCGUUGGACGCAACGACCAAUUCAGUUCCCGAAGAGGACAACGAAGUCUCUGACGUUGAGAAUCCCCCGGAACUUGGUACUACAGUUCAGGCGUCCACGUGGGACACGCCGGGCACAGGAAUAGUGACGACAACCACCGCAGUAAAUGUAAACCCAGUUACUUCGGAGGGUACCGACGGGACCGCAGGCGGCAAGUUUGGGUUUCAAGGGUCCUCAGGGUCAUCGGAGGACGUCGCGACGCAGGGGAUACAAAAGGACCAAGCUGGUGAUCCUCACGGGGAGUUCCAGCACCAACAGCCUGGGGCACCUACGGAACUCACGACGUGGGCACAAACGGUAAUGAUUCCCACCGGCUCCAAUGUGCUAGGUGAGGUCCUUACUGAACGACCUGAGCGCGAUGGUGAGACGACGACACAUCGCAGCAACGUAGACGUGACCCAAGAAAGUGAGGUAACAUUGAAGGGCGUUAUGCCACAUAACGAUGUCCAAGAUGAAGAACGAUUACCAUCAUAUACGAAGCCGCAGACCCACUCGACCGAACCAUCCACUACGGAAAGCUCAGUACCACCGACAGAAACGAUUAUGGCCACUAGCAGCACCACAGAAGGUCCAGUAGUACUACCAGCAUCAGGAAAUAAGACGUCCACUGACACUAACAUCGUAACUGAAACUCCUGAGCCCUAUGAAGCAUUGGAGGAAGUCACCUAUCAAAACAACAAUGAACACACAACACCUGGAACGACGAAACCGGAAUACCAAUCAAUUAAGCCAUUAAAGCCGCAAAGCACGGCGCCCCCAAAUAUAAUUUUGCCUACUAGUGGCACCAUCCACAGUACACAAGAAGCAACACCACAAAGUCAGGACGGGACGACAGCAAGCACCGUCACAGAGUCACAAGAGCUUCUGCUGGACGACGUUACAUCACGUUACGCAGACUAUGGCGAAACAAGUUCCCCGACAUUUCAUGAUAGUCAACCGCCCGAAUCAUCGACUCUACCAAGCACGAUAUCACCGCAGGCGACAGUUACUACUGUCAGCAGUGUCAACGAAACUCCCGUGGUGCAUCCAGAAGACAGCAUGGUAGCAGAUGCUGAGGUUCUAACAAGGCCGCAAGAAUCACUAAGCGUGCUAGAAGACGUUACUUCACAAGAUAACGACGACGCAACGUCUCCGACAACGAAUACUGGACUUCAACGUUCACCAAACCCACCAAGCACGGUGCCUCUAACACCGAUUGCUGCUACCGCUACCACAGAGCCAGAAGCCUGGCCAUCUCGACCACCAACGGUAUCCAGCACAGUACCAUCAGCUCCCACUGCUGAGGCUACGACAGUUGCCAAUAUCCUCGACAGCCCCGCGGUUUGGCCUGUGCCAGAACAGGGGUUAACCGCAAACGCCCACAUGGCCGCAGAAUCUCCAGAACACCCUAUUGCAUUGGAAGACGUUGCUUCAGGAGGCAAUGUGCAGCAUCUCCCUACAUCAACUGCAGAACCAGAAGCCAAAUCACAUCAACCCCCAACAGUAUCCAGCACGGAACCAUCAGGUGUCACCGAUGAGGUGACGAAAGCUGACGGCAUCCCCGACGGCCUCGAGGUUCGGCCUGUGCCGGAAGACGAGUUCACUGCAAACGCCCACGUGGUCGUAGAAUCCUCAGAGCCUCCGGAUACAUUGGAAGACAUUGGUUCAGAAGACAACGAGAAGCACCUCUCUACAUCAACUACAGAACCGGAAGCGAAAUCACAUCAACUUCCAACGGUACCCAGCACGGGACCAUCAGCUCUCACUGGUGACAUGACAACAGUUGAUGACGUCCUCGACGGCCCCGUGGUUCGACCCGUGCCGGAAAACGAAUUCACUGCAAACGGUCAUGUGGUCGCAGAAUCCCCAGAACCUCUUGAUGCAUUGAAAGACGUUGGUUCAAGAGGCAAUGUGCAGCAUCUCCCUACAUCAACUACAGAACCAGAAGUCAAAUCACAUCAACCACCAACAGUAUCCAGCACGGGACCAUCAGCUGUCACUGCUGAGGCGACAACAGUCGACAACGACGUCGACAGCCCAGUGGUUCGGCCUGUAGCGGAAGACGAGUUCACUGCAAAUGGCCAUGUGGUCGCAGAAUCCCCAGAUCAUCUUGGUGCAUUGGAAGACGUUGCUUCUAGAGGCAAUGUACAGCAUCUUCCUACAUCAACUACCGAACCAGAAGCCAAAUCUCACCAACCACCAACAGUACCCAGCACGGGACCAUCAGCUCUCACUACUAAGGCGACAACAGUUGACGACGCCCUCGAUGGCCCAGCGGUACGGCCCGUACCGGAAAACGAGUUUACUGCAAACGCUCAUGUGGUCGCCGAAUCCCCAGAACCUCUUGAUGCACUGGAAGACGUUGGUUCAAAAGGCAGUGUGCAGCAUCUCCCUACAUCAACUACAGAACCAGAAGACAAAUCACAUCAACCACCAAUAGUACCCAGCCCGGUACCACCUGCUCUGACUACUAAGACGGCGACAGUUGAUGAUGCCCUCGACGGCCCAGCGGUUCGGCCCGUACCGGAAGACGAGUUCACUGCAAACGCACAUGUGGUUGCAGAAUCCCCAGAACCUCCUGAUGCAUUGGCAGACUUUGUUUCAGAAGGCAACGUACAGCAGCAGCCUACAUCAACUACAGAACCAGAAGCCAAAUCUCACCAACCACCAGCAGUACCCAGCACGGGACCAUCAGCUUUCAUUGCUGAGGCGACUACAGUUGACGACGUCCUCGACGGCCCCGUAGUACGGCCCGUACCUGAAGACGAGUUCACUGCAAACGCACAUGUGGUUGCAGAAUCCCCAGAACCUCCUGAUGCAUUGGCAGACUUUGUUUCAGAAGGCAACGUACAGCAGCAGCCUACAUCAACUACAGAACCAGAAGCCAAAUCUCACCAACCACCAGCAGUACCCAGCACGGAAACAUCAGCUUUCAUUGUUGAGGCGACUACAGUUGACGACGUCCUCGACGGCCCUGUAGUACGGCCCGUACCUGAAGACGAGUUCACUGCAAACGCACAUGUGGUUGCAGAAUCCCCAGAACCUCCUGAUGCAUUGGCAGACUUUGUUUCAGAAGGCAACGUACAGCAGCAGCCUACAUCAACUACAGAACCAGAAGCCAAAUCUCACCAACCACCAACAGUACACAGCACGGUACCAUCAGCUUUCAUUGCUGAGGCGACUACAGUUGACGACGUCCUCGACGGCCCCGUAGUACGGCCUGUACCAGAAGACGAGCUCACUGCAAACGCCCAUGUGGUCGCUGAAUCUCCAGAACCUCCUGAUGCGUUGGAGGACGUUGCUUCAGAAGACAACGUGCAGCAGCUCCCUACAUCAACUAUGGAACCAGAAGCAGAAUCUCAUCAACCACCAACAGUACCCAGCACGGAACCAUCAGCUCUCAUUGCUGAGGCGACUACAGCUGACGACGUCCUGGACGGCCCCGUAGUACGGCCCAUACUGGAAGACGAGCUCACUGCAAACGCCCAUGUGGUCGCUGAAUCUCCAGAACCUCCUGAUGCGUUGGAGGACGUUGCUUCAGAAGACAACGUGCAGCAGCUCCCUACAUCAACUAUGGAACCAGAAGCAGAAUCUCAUCAACCACCAACAGUACCCAGCACGGAACCAUCAGCUCUCAUUGCUGAGGCGACUACAGUUGACGACGUCCUCGACGGCCCCGUAGUACGGCCUGUACCAGAAGACGAGCUCACUGCAAACGCCCAUGUGGUCGCUGAAUCUCCAGAACCUCCUGAUGCGUUGGAAGACGUUGCUUCAGAAGACAACGUGCAGCAACUCCCUACAUCAACUACAGAACCAGAUGCCAAAUCUCACCAACCACCAACAGUACCCAGCACGGGACCAUCAGCUCUCAUUGCUGAGGCGACUACAGUUGACGACGUCCUCGACGGCCCCGUAGUACGACCUGUACCAGAAGACGAGCUCACUGCCAACGCCCAUGUGGUAGCAGAUUCUCCAGAACCUCCUGAUGCGUUGGAAGACGUUGUUUCAGAAGACAACGUGCAGCAGCUCCCUGCAUCAACCAUAGAACCAGAAGCCAAAUCUCACCAAACACCAACAGUACCCAGCACGGGACCACCAGCUCUCAUUGCUGAGGCGACUACAGUUGACGACGUCCUCGACGGCCCCGUAGUACGACCUGUACCAGAAGACGAGCUCACUGCAAACGCCCAUGUGGUAGCAGAAUCUCCAGAACCUCCUGAUGCGUUGGAAGACGUUGCCUCAGAAGACAACGUGCAGCAGCUCCCUGCAUCAACCACAGAACCAGAAGCCAAAUCUCACCAAACACCAACAGUACCCAGCACGGGACCACCAGCUCUCAUUGUUGAGGCGUCUACAGUUGACGACGUCCUCGACGGCCCCGUAGUACGGCCUGUACCAGAAGACGAGCUCACUGCAAACUCCCAUGUGGUAGCAGAAUCUCCGGAACCUCCUGUUGCGUUCGAAGACGUUGCUUCAGAAGACAACGUGCAGCAGCUCCCUGCAUCAACCGCAGAACCAGAAGCCAAAUCUCACCAAACACCAACAGUACCAAGCACGGGACCACCAGCUCUCAUUGUUGAGGCGUCUACAGUUGACGACGUCCUCGACGGCCCCGUAGUACGGCCUGUACCAGAAGACGAGCUCACUGCAAACGCCCAUGUGGUAGCAGAAUCUCCGGAACCUCCUGAUGCGUUCGAAGACGUUGCUUCAGAAGACAACGUGCAACAGCUCUCUAGAUCAAUCACAGAACCAGAAGCCAAAUCUCACCAACCACCAAGAGCACCCAGCACGGGACCAUCAGCUCUCAUUGCUGUGACGACGACAGUUGACGACGUGCUCGACGGUCCAGCGGUACGGCCUGUACCAGAAGAUGAGCUUACUGCAAACGCCCAUGUGGUAGCAGAAUCUCCAGAACCUCCUGAUGCGUUGGAAGACGUUGCUUCAGAAGACAACGUGCAGCAGCUCCCUACAUCAACUACAGAACCAGAAGCCAAAUCUCACCAACCACCAACAGUACCCAGCACGGGACCAUCAGCUCUCGUUGCUGAGGCGACUACAGUUGACGACGUCCUCGACGGCCCCGUAGUACGGCCCAUACUGGAAGACGAGUUCGCUGCAAACGCCCAUGUGGUCGCACAAUCCCCAGAGCCUUCUGACACAUCGAACGUUGCUUCAGGGGGCAAUACUGAGCGUCGCCCUGCAACAUCUCCACAACCAGACGCCAGACCAUCAGGACCACCAACAGUAUCGGGUACUGUGGUGCUAGCUGCCACUGCUGAGGUCACGGCUGACGCUAUCCGCAAGAGCCCUGUUUUUCGGCUUGUACACGAGUUUGCGGAAAAGAGACACAUUACCGUAGAGUCGCAAGGGCUUCCUUAUGCACUGGAAAAGAUAACUUCAAAAGGCAACGUGCAGCAUCGUCGUACAACAGACGACAAUUUCAUGGAGGGCAACGAACAAAAUAUUUCCACACAACACGCAGAACUCGGAACUGUCACUACAUCAAACGACAAACUGAACGGCCAAACACCAGAGUCAUCAACUUUGGCAAGCCUCAAGCAGCAGAACUUUCCGAUAGUGUAUCUAGUCGGCUCAAGGGAGCGUCGACAACACGAGAGAACCAGAGAAACACCAAUGGCGUCGUGACUUCCUGGGUGCGACAACGUGAAUAACUGUGAUAGGACUCUCGUCUUUAUCUCCGGCCCCUCAUCUGACGUAUCUGUCCUGCGUGCGUUCACUACUGUACGUUAGAAGGAAGAAUUAUAUGCAGAUUCACUGGCGAGGCCAACUGAACAGCUAGCAACAAGCCUGCUAGGUCCGUGAUAUUUAGCCUGUGCGUCGCUCGCCCUUUGAGGAUCAUGAGAGAAAUGAUUGCGUGGGGACGGAGGUGGCAUGACCAAUAAUGCGUGCGAUUGUUCUCGUUAUUUGUCAUUGGACAAUCAAUGAAUCAUGUUGUAUUUUUUAUGCACGUUUCGUCAGUGUAACUCCGUCCACUUAUCUGAACUGUGUGGUCAAUUUGCCAUCCGACGUCCCUUACAGAGCUAAUAUUCACAGAUUUUGUAGGCUUCUCGCUCAUUCAGUGGGUGAUGGUUCUAGGGGAAGGUGGAAACAAACUGCGCCUCAGUACCAAGGAAUGCAUUUUUUAAAAACACGGAAUCAUUUUACGAGUAACAAUAGGACCAUGACACACGUUGUCGCCAUUCCUGUUGUUGUUAACUAACGGGUAAUUCUGUGAAGUAUAACUGUCACUCCUAGGCUCCAUACUUUUAGAUAUACGUACCAGAAUGAGCGUGCUUAUGCACCGCAUGAAGGUGUAAAACAGUGCAAUUUCGAAAAAUAAAUUAUGCCUCCUUGGGCAGGUCUACUCACGCA